AUGGUUUGGAUUCCUUAUCUCAUAUUUGUGGUUUUGCUGUCUUUAGUUUAUGGGACUCUUAAAAUAAAUUUCCCAAAGCUUCAUACUUGGAUGUACAAUGAUAGUUUUAAUCCUGAAGAUGGCAUGACUUUUAAAGUUAGACCAAUAUUGAUUUCAUUUUGGAGAGUCAAAGUAUUCUUAUAUCACGUCAGAUUUUGGGUUUCGAAUAAAAUUGGAUGGAUUGGUAUAAGGCUCAGAAAGAUAAACAAUUCUCUUCAUAAAUUGAAGAGCACAAAGUCAUCAACUAUAGAAACAACAAUUUCACAAGAUCAGCUACCUUCAACUUUUGGUGAUAUGUUUCCUUUUGAAAUCUGGGAUAGGAUUACAGAUUAUGAUAAGGCAGAUAUUUAUACCUUAACAAGAUUAAACAAAGCUUUUUGUAAAGAGUUUACUAAGAAGCUUUAG